CUUGCUUUUCGACCCCCAAGCUUCAUUCCGAUGGUCACGACAGAGCUUCCGGAGGAUGUCUGGCGGUGCGUGACGGACGCACUAUCGCGAUCUGAACGUGCCUCCCUGCUGUCUGUCAACCGUGCUCUCUUCAACAUAGUACUGGAUGAGCGGUACCAGGAGGUGAGAUGGGAGAAGCUGGACACGUCGAUGGCCUGGUCCCUCGAGCGACUCAAAGCUCCGAAUAUCGCUCGACGCGUGCGCCGGUUGUUCAUCCGUGCCUGGUUCAUCGACUACCUCAUCCAAAAGGAACGACUGGUUAAGCCGGCGUCCUACGCUGUUCCGAGCCGGAGCUGGCUUGCUCCGCUGGAGGAAUACCUCAACGUGCCCCCGCCCUCCCCGUCAAAAACUUUCAGCACGACUGGUGAUGCUUCGGCGGGCGAUAUCCUGAAAUCCAUGACGGACGCAGUGAGCCUUAUGCACGGCGUGGUGGAGUACAGCUUCGAAUGGCGGGACUUGGCCCCCACACCGGAGACAAUGCGCUUCGUCUCUACUGCCCGGACAGCAUUUGGGAGCACGCUGCGAAAGCUGUGUCUCAAUGCGCAGCUCAUGAAUUUCAGCAGCCUCCUCUCUGGGUUCGACCAUCUCGACGAGAUCGACCUCAUGUUUGAUUAUGACCAGGAGAGCUGGGAAACGGCGAUCACUCUCAGACGGACCAUUGCGCCGUUUAUCAACCAGUUUUCGGAGUCGCUUCGGGGGCUGAAGAUUGCGUCGUCGUCAAAGGGGGACCAGGCGCCGCUGUUCUAUGCUCUGACGACGCUCCUGAGCCAGCUGCGUUACUUGUCGAUUUCCCUUCCAUUCAGUUACGCAAAAGAACCAGACGCUGUCCUUGCCAUGUUGCGAAACCACACAACGACACUGCGCGAGCUGGAAAUCAUCCGCUUGCCAGGCCUCACGACACGCUCGCAGAGCUCGUGGCCACAGCUUUCUACGGCGCUCGCGUCAGAAUCAAUCGCAUUCGCGGUCCUCCAACGCCUAACGUUAUCACCGCUGGCCACUUUUGACCACACUCUUGCAUGUCUCCGUCAUGCUGCUGACACGCUGACACAUAUCACGCUCGUCGACCUUUUCCUGGACUUGACGGAGCUGGAACAGGUGCUCCGGAUGUUCGUGCGGCGGCCCCUGGAUGGGGGCCUGGAGAAGCUCCAUAUUGGGCUGAAGACGUUGUCAUUGCGCAUGUUUGAGCUGCUUGUAAAAUACGCGCCUGCGCUCCAUACGCUGUAUCUGGUGCUCCCAGAAGAGCGCUCGCAGGAGCUCUAUGGGUGGGGUCAGCACGGGACGAGCACGGACCACGCAGUAGACACUCUCAUGACCGGACUGGAGACCGUUACGCUGGACUGGCGGCUGCGGGACAUUGGUGUGUGGGACAGGCGGUUUCUUGGUGCGACUGCUGCAGGCAGCCCGACUGUUCGCGAAAGCAAAGUGUCUGAGCUGCUUAUGUUGCGCAUUCGCAGUGUAAGGUUGGUCCGUGGUGUGCGUUAUAGUUAG